AUGGAAUAUUUGCUAUGCGGAAUACCCGCAGAUGUCUACGGAAUGGUCAAGUUUAUACGCGCAUCAGAAAGCGAGUACAGGAUAGAAGAGGUGAAAGACGUAGUUUACGAUAUGCACAGAUAUAGUGUAAUGGUGAGCCAAGUAGGGAGCGAGCGGGUUCUUUCUAUAGUGUAUCCUGCAGAUAAAAGCAAGUCUCGGAAGAGCCUGGCCCGGAAAAGAAGCGUAAGCACGGUCCACGGGGAUGCUGAGGGCCUUCUCGAGGAGUUUGGGUGCAAAAACAGGCGAGUGCGAGAGUACACCAGGAGCACGUAUCUUUACAAAGGCGUGCGGAUAAUCGUCGCGUAUAAAAGAUCCUGCGAAGGGGCAGCUUCCAGUGAGGACUUGAGCGAAGAAACAGGAAAAAGAGAAGCAAAAAAUGCGGGCUCUGAAAAUAUAAGUUUUCCCACCGCGGGUUCUACGCCCGAAAAGAGGGGCGAAGGGGAAAGUGAGAGUGCUUUGCCCUGCAGCAAGAAAAACAGUGGCCGAAGUUCGCUGUAUGGAGCAAGCCCAGCGUAUGCCACGAGCCAAGACACUCUUCGAAGCGACAUAGACUUGGAGAGUGUUUUGGUCAUAGCAUGCACAGACCUUCCGGACGGGGAAAGUGUCCUUGAAGAGGUAAAGAACAAGCUGAAAAUAUGGGUUGAUUUAGUUGUACCGUCAGAGAGCAUGUGCGAGUAUAUGGUGUAA